AUGGAGACCACCGUUGACAUGGAAAAAGAAACGAAGGAAUUUCUGGUGAAUAUUCACUUUCCAGAGGAAAUAAUUAUUGAGAUACUGCGCAGAUUACCAGUGAGGAUUCUCAUGCAAUUUAAGUUGGUAUGCAAGCCAUGGAAUUCUUUAAUAUCAGAUCCAACUUUCAAACUCUCUACCAAAAGAAGACAGCGGGCCAUUAUGUGCACCACGCAGAUCACAGAGAAGUUUGACGGAACUCAUUUCGACGAGAAACGAAAAAUGCUCUAUUCCUUGGAUUGUGAACUUUUUGUCCAAGAUCUUCCUUGCCCGGUAAAGGUUCCAUCUGAGCGUUACACUAUUCAAUUCCUUGGUUCUUGCAAUGGUUUAUUGCUCUUCUGUACUUCUGGAUGCAUAUAUCUGUGGAAUGCAUCCACAAGAUGUUGCAGACAAUUGCACCAACUUAAUGGUCUGAUGAAGAGAUCCUCUUAUCAUCUUUUUGGUAUAGCCUCGGGACUUUGCUUCAAUGAGUCCUCUAAUGAUUACAAAGCAGUGAUCAUUGAUACUAAUCCUUAUGUUGAGGAUCGUUCUUUAAGGGUAAGCAGUUUUGUUUAUGUUGCUAGUUUAAGGAGGCGAAUCGAAUGGACCGAUAUUAAUUUUCCCUACAAGUUAAUCAGAAAUCAAAGAACUACAUUAGCAUCAGGGGCUUUAGUGAAUGGCCAUUUACAUUGGUUAGUUGAAGAGGGGAGUGGCAAUGAGACUGUCAUUGUUUAUUUUGAUGAAACGACAAACCAAUUUCACAAAUUUCCCAUGCCUGAAACUACACCACAUGAGGGAGGAUUUGCAACCCCUUUUUUACGGCUAAUCGUCUUAGACGGAUGUAUUUGCAUGUGUAUUUCAGGAUCCAACUUUAGAUCCAAUGACAUUUUGAUUAUGAGAGAAUAUGGUGUAAAGGAGUCCUGGACUACCUUAUUUCGUAUACAAGGUAUACAAGGUUGCUUUGUCCCCCUUUUUUCUUCAGUGUCCGAUGAUGAUAUUUUGGUCUCAAAUGCUUGGGAAAUAGAAGUUUACAACUGUAAAAACAAUUCAUCGAAGAAAAUUAAACUCUCACCAGACCGCGAACUCCUAGAUGGUUAUCCUCUGGUGUAUGAGGAGACUCUAGAAUCAGUUGAUUGGGUGCAGCAGGAUUGA